AUGCAGCACGGGAUCACCAAGAGAAACACGGGAACGCUUCCAGACCUUCCAGACGAGCACAUGACAAGCACGUUAUGGCAUAGUGGCGAGGAAGAUCAGGAAGCUCAGCACCAACCAGUGGGAGAUUCCCAUGAGCAAGAAACUACUUGCAAUGUCUUUGCUGACAAACCAACAGCUGCCGCUAGUAGUCGGCAUGAGCCAUUGGAUGCAUUUGCGCCUCUGCCACGAUCAACAGUCAGUUCUAGCAACGAUUUAAACGCUGGAUUGGUUGAGGCCAUGCCAGCGGCGGAAGACUACAACGAGCAGCUGCUCCAAAAAGCUCAGAAAAUGGACCCAGAGGUGCUGGAACAAAAGCACCUUGUGGAGUCCAUGAAACAAGAAAAGGAGAGAGAAUGA